AUGGAUCACCAUAUGGGGGGCUUCCAGAUGCCCGCUAUGGCGCAUCAGCCGCUCAUGAACCAACCGCCUCAGAUCUUCGGCGCCCAUGCCUACGAUGGUCUACCAAUGCAGCAUCUGCCCCCAGAGCUCACCGCCCAGAUGUUUGGAGACCCCAACGGCCUGCUCGACGAUGCGAACGAGGCAAAAAGGAGGAGGAUCGCACGGGCUUGCGACAUGUGCAGAAAAAAGAAGAUCAAGUGCGACGGAAAGCUGCCAGCAUGCACACACUGCAUCAACUACAAGACCGAAUGCGUUUUUACGCAGGUCGAGAAAAAGAGGAAUCCGCCCAAGGGGGCCAAGUACAUUGAAGGCCUCGAGAAUCGUCUCGGUCGCAUGGAGAGUCUACUGCGGCUGUCAGGUCUCCUUGGUGAGGACGACGGAGCUACAGACCUGGGAACGCUGGAAAAGAAACUCGCCGAGAAGAGACAAGAGUCAAGGCACGCAUCGCAGGCAGCGCCUUCUAACCCGACCUCGCCAUCACAAGCCGCCUCUGUGCAGGACACUGGCUCGUCGACCCCCACAAGCGCACUUACCUCGCCUGAGCCCCCAAAGGAUGGCGAAGAGAAGCGCAAGUCAAUCGAUGCUAGCAAGCAGCAAUACCAGCAGCAGCAGCAACAAAAUCAGCAGCAUUCACAGGAACAGCCGCAAGGCCAGGAGGAGGAGGUAGAGGCUCUGUCUGAGAUGAUGUGCUCCCUUGUCACCAACACAUCCGGUGAAACCAGAUACAUCGGUUCCUCCUCUGGCUUCUCCAUCUUCUCUCCCAAGGGCAUUCAGUGGGUAAAUGAGAAGACUGGAGAUAAGUCCUUCCAACAGAUGAUUUCCCAUGUUUCUAUGGACGACCACAAAUGGAACAACUGGAAACCUGAGGUCUUUGGCGACCUGUUUCAACGGCCCGUAUUCCUCCCCCUCCCGCCAAAGCACGAGUGUGUCUCGCUGCUGCAGGACUACUUCGACAAUUUCAACUGCAUGUUCCCGCUGUUUCACCGGCCCACUUUCAUGCACCUGGUAGAGAGGCAGUACAGCAAGGAUCCAUACUCGGGCUCCGGGUGGUGGGCUAGUCUCAACGUUGCGCUCGCCAUCGCUCACCGUUUGCGAGUGAUGAGCAACCUGGUACCACACGAGGAGGACGCGAAGGCAUGGGGGUACAUGAAGAAUGCGAUGGCCUGCUUUGCAGAGUUGGUGAUGCGUAACACUGACCUGCUGAGCGUCCAGGCACUUCUGGGCAUGGCUUUGUUUAUGCAAGGAACACCUAACCCACAGCCAUCCUCACUUCUUAUCGGAACCGCCAUACGGCUAUCUCACAACAUCGGACUACACAAGCGCGGCACAGGCUUCAACUUGAAUCCCAUCGAAAUCGAGCAGAGGAAGAGAGUAUUCUGGAUUGCGUACAUGCUGGACAAGGACCUCUGCAUCCGGUCUGGCCGGCCUUUUGCACAGGAUGAUGACGACAUGAACGUGGAGCUUCCGGACGCGGACCCUGAGGACAAUAUUGGUAACAUUCCCCUGGCUGAUGGCAAGGGCAAGAUGAACCUCUUCCGAGUGAUGUGUGAGUUAGCUCUCAUCGAAAGCAAGGUCUACAAGAGACUCUACGCGACCAAGGCGACGAAACAAACGGAUGGCGAACUGCUGCAGACCAUUGGGGAGCUGGACCAGGAACUCGAAGAUUGGAAAGACAGGAUGCCCAUUGAAUACCGACCCGAGAACGAGAUCCAGGCGUCACAUACACCUCUCAUCCUGCACGUCGUUAUGCUCCACUUUACUUAUUACAACUGCCUUACAACGAUACAUCGGAUGUCGAUACACCGUGGAUAUUGGACAAGUCGCCUGUCGAACUUUGCCAUACAGGGGCUGAACGCUAAACCUCUGAACCCAAGGGUCUUCAAUUCCGCUGCCUUGUGCACUUCUGCGGCAAGAGCAUCCAUCUCACUGCUCAAAUAUGUGCCUCAGGGAGAUUCAUCUGUAGUCUGGAUGGUUUUGUACUUCCCGGUCACUGCACUCGUCACUUUAUUCGGAAACAUUCUGCAGAAUCCCCUAGAUCCCCGGGCGAGAUCAGACACACGACUCUUGAACAUGGUUGUCACCUUCCUGUCCGCGUUAGGGCAGGAAAUCGAGACGGGUGGAGUACACCGUACCAUCGGUAUCUGUUCUGAGUUUGAGCGCAUCAGCAAGGUCAUGAUUGAAAAGGCCGAGAAGGAGAACGCCGGUCGCAGGAAGCGCAAGAACGCCGAAUCUUCGCAGGCUAGCAAGCCCGCCUCCAACACGAACACGACCUCAAACCCGAUCCGGCGUGCAUCGACUUCGAACCAAGGGUCUUCUUCCUCGGCACAAACACCCAGACCGCCCACUGCGAGUGCGAACACGCCCACGCCGCGGCAGUCACACCCCAACGAGACACUAUCUCCGCCGGCGCGCACGGAUGGGCAGGCGUUUAGCCCCAUGACAGCCUCAAGUCACAGCCCGUCGCCGGGACACCCACCGCCUGGUUGGACGCCAGACUUCUCUGGUGGUGAUCCCAUGGAAUUCACAUCCUUUGCUGAACUGACUGGAUUCGGACAACUUCCCAACUCCGGCCCGCCGCCACCCCUGCAAUCGCCACCAGCCCAAGGGGCUGGGUUCCAGCAACCUCUGAUACCGCAAGAUCUGUACGCGCUGCCCAUGAGUUUUGACUGGGACUGGGCGGAAAUGAGCGGAGGCGCGUAUCCGAGUGUCGAGAACGGGAACUUUGGGGAGCCGCGAUGA